UCCGACAGGUAGCGUCACAGAACAGGGAAGUUGUUUCGCUAUGCCAGUGACUCGUUAUUCCAGACGGACAACUUUUAAGGGAGUGCGGCAUGUCAACUGCCUCGUGAGCUGGCGUGGUCGCUCACACAUGGCCUUCGACGCCCUCGUACCUUAGGAUGGGGUGACGAUGGCGUGGCACAAGCUGCUGGACGGUACGCCCGAGCGAAAAAGCGGAAAGUUGAACAUGGACUUUCUGAAGAGUCGGUUGCCCAAUGGUCAGGGGGCUCCUGUCCAGCCCGCCGCCCCGCCGCAGGAAGCCGGCCCACAGCUCAUCCGCAUGAGGAGGAUGGGGCUGCUGGUCAUGAGGGAUACUAUUGUGGAGGAGGACACCACGGUCGACGGCAACCCGGUGGUCACCCCAGCCGGGCUGCUCCGAAAUAGGAGAACUCAAUUCAAAGAAAACAUCCAGCGAUUUCGAAAAACCUCCUUUUUACAGCAUGCUCAACGUGGCCGGAACCGCCAGGCUUCCGCGCCGGUCAGCAGCAGCAGCGUGAGUAGACGGCGCGCCCCCGCCUUGACGACUCCCCUGUGGGAAAAACACAACUUCGCGGCCAUGUCCAUUAUCACCAUCGACCCCGAGCUCAAGCCCGGGGAGUUCGUCAUCAAGAGCCUGUUCGCCGAGUUCGCCGUGCUGGCCGAGAAGAAGAUCGAGAUGGUGAUGGCCGAACCGCUGGAGAAACCUCUUUCCCGCUCCCUCCAGAGAGGGGAGGAUGCACAGUUUGACCAGUUAAUAAGCUCUAUGAGCUCCAUAGCCGAACACUGUUUGCCCUCCCUGCUGCGUACGCUCUUCGACUGGUACCGGCGCCAAAGCGGCACCGAAGACGAGUCGUACGAGUACAGGCCUCGUUCCAGCACAAAGUCCAAAGGAGAUGAUCAGCACCGAGAUAAAGACUACCUUCUGGAGAGGAGGGAUUUAGCCAUAGAUUUCAUGUUUUGCCUGGUGUCGGUGGAAGUUCUCAAACGGAUUCCUCUUCACCCAGUGCCGGACGCUUUAGUACACGAAGUUCUAAACCUGGCAUUUAAGCACUUUAAACAUAAAGAGGGAUACUGUGGCCCCAACACAGGCAACGUGCACAUCAUCGCAGACUUGUACGCAGAGGUCAUUGGAGUUCUCACGCAGUCAAAGUUUUUAGCUGUGACGAAAAAGUUCAACACUGAACUGGAUGAGCUCCGGAAAAAAGAGCAGAGUCCCUACAUCGUGCAGUGCAUCAUCAGUCUCAUCAUGGGCAUGAAAUUCUUUCGGGUCAAAAUGUACCCCGUGGAGGAUUUCGAGGCGUCCUUUCUCUUCAUGCAGGAGUGUGCCCAGUACUUCCUGGAAGUCAAGGACAAGGACAUAAAACACGCCCUCGCCGGCCUCUUUGUGGAGAUUCUGAUCCCAGUUGCGGCCGCGGUGAAGAAUGAAGUCAACGUGCCGUGCCUGAAGAACUUUGUGGAGAAGCUGUACCAGACCACCUUUGACCUUAGCUCCAGAAAGAAGCACUCUUUGGCCCUGUACCCCUUGGUGACCUGCUUACUGUGCGUCAGCCAGAAACAGUUCUUCCUCAACAACUGGCACAUCUUCCUGCAGAACUGCCUCUCGCACCUCAAGAACAAAGACCCCAAAAUGUCCCGAGUGGCUCUGGAGUCACUUUACAGGCUGCUGUGGGUGUACAUUAUCAGGAUCAAGUGUGAGAGCAACACUGUCACGCAGAGUCGACUACUCAGCAUCGUUUCAGCACUUUUCCCCAAAGGCUCCCGCAGUGUGGUGCCACGGGACACGCCCCUCAACAUAUUUGUCCGAAUCAUCCAGUUCAUUGCUCAGGAAAGACUGGACUUUGCCAUGAAGGAGAUCAUCUACGACCUCCUAUGCGUGGGCAAGUUUCACAAAACCUUCACCAUCAAUCCCGAGAGGAUGAAUAUCGGCCUGCGAGCCUUCCUGGUGAUUGCCAACAGCCUGCAGCAGAAGGACAGUGAGCCCCCCAUGCCCACCACCAGCAUCAUCAUGCCCUCGGGGAACACCCUGCGCGUUAAAAAGAUCUUCCUCAACACCACGCUCACUGACGAAGAGGCCAAGGUCAUAGGCAUGUCCCUGUACUACCCGCAAGUGAGGAAGGCCUUGGAUAACAUCCUGAGACACUUGGAUAAGGAGGUGGGACGCUCCAUGAGCAUGACCAGCGUCCAAAUGUCCAACAAGGAGCCAGAGGAUAUGAUCACAGGUGAAAGGAAACCAAAGAUCGAUCUGUUCCGCACCUGCAUCGCUGCCAUUCCCCGACUGAUACCGGACGGCAUGAGCAGACAAGAUCUCAUCGAGCUCCUUGCCAAGCUGACCAUCCACAUGGACGAGGAGCUCCGCGGCUUGGCCUUCACCUCCCUCCAAGCCCUCAUGGUGGACUUCCCGGAGUGGCGCGAGGAUGUACUGUCGGGUUUCGUCUACUUUAUCAUGCGCGAGGUGACGGACGUGCACCCCACGCUGUUGGACAACUCGGUCAAGAUGCUCCUCCAGCUUAUAAGUCAGUGGAGGCAGGUGGCGCAAAGCAGCAGCAGGAGCCACGAUGUGCAGGUGCGUUACUUUGGUCUGCUUGGUUUGGAUCAAAUUAAAAGGUCCAUUUACGAAAUGCCCUUCAACACAAUCUUCACAGAGUUCCGAGCAGCAGCCAUUCUCUUUGUUUGGAGCGGUUCGUUGCUGGGCGUGCUUCAUGUGGUCGAAGGUUUGGCAAUGGUGGUGCUCUGCAGCUGUCGCCCUGCCACGCGCAGGCUGGCCGUCAACGUCCUGAAGGAGGUCCGCGCACUGCACACUGCCCUGGGCAUCAGCAAGGGUGAUGAGGAGCUGGCAAUAGAUGUCAUGGAUAGGCUGAGUGCCUCGGUGUUGGAGAGCUUCAUUCAUCUCACUGGUGCUGAUCAGACCAACCUGCUGUACUGUCCCAGCGGCAUCGACCUCCAGUCGCUGGCCGAAUGGAGCUCGUCUCCCAUCAGCCACCAGUUUGACGUGGUGAGCCCGUCGCACAUCUGGGUGUUUGCGCACGUCACGCAGGGCCAGGACCCCUGGGUCAUCAGCUUGUCCAGCUACCUGCGCCAGGAGAACCUGCCCAAGCAUUGCCCCGCCGCUCUCAACUACGCCUGGAUGUUUGCCUACACCCGCUUGCAGCUGCUCUCUCCUCAAGUUGAUAUCAACAGCCCCAUCAACGCCAAGAAAGUGAACAGCCUGAGCAGCAGCGACUCCUACGUCAGCCUCUGGCGGAAUUACCUGAUCCUGUGCUGCAGCGCGGCUUCCUCGUCCUCGUCGCUCGCGUGCUCCUCCUCGUCCGCCUCGGGCUCCGUCCGCUGUUCCCCGUCCGAGACGCUGGCGUCAACGCCGGACAGUGGCUACAGCUACGAUUCCAAGAUUGUGGGCACUCCAUCCCCUUCCUCACUGUUCAAACACAUUGUUCCGAUGAUGCGCUCCGAGAACAUGGAUAUCACAGAAUCUCUCGUGCUGGGACUUGGCAGGACCAACCCUGUGGCCUUCAGAGACUUGUUAGAGGAGCUCAAUCCUAUCAUCAAAGAAGCUCUGGAAAGAAGACCUGAAAACGUGAAGCGACGCCGGCGCCGCGACAUCCUCAGGGUCCAGCUGGUCCGGAUUUUUGAGCUUCUGGCUGACGCCGGCGUCGUCAGUCAAAUAGCUAGUGGGGGCUUAGAUGGCGACAGUCACUCUCUAAACAACACGCUGCUAGAGUACGUGGACCUGACCCGGCAGCUGCUGGAGGCGGAAAACGACAAGGACUCGGACACGCUGAAGGACAUCCGUUGUCACUUCAGCGCGCUUGUGGCAAACAUCAUCCAGAAUGUUCCAGUGCACCAGCGUCGGAGCAUCUUCCCACAGCAGUCGCUGCGACACAGCCUCUUCAUGCUCUUCAGCCACUGGGCCGGGCCCUUCAGCAUCAUGUUCACGCCGCUGGACCGCUACAGCGACCGCAACAUGCAGAUCAACCGCCAUCAAUACUGUGCAUUAAAAGCCAUGUCUGCUGUGUUGUGUUGCGGGCCCGUCGCUGACAACGUUGGCCUCUCCUCUGAUGGUUACCUCUACAAGUGGCUGGACAACAUUCUGGAUUCCCAGGAUAAGAAGGUUCACCAGUUGGGCUGUGAGGCGGUGAUGCUGCUGCUGGAGUUGAACCCGGACCAGAGCAACUUGAUGUUCUGGGCUGUGGACCGCUGCUACACGGGCUCCCGCCGCGUGGCCGCCGGCUGCUUCCGGGCCAUCGCCAACGUCUUUCAUAACAGGGAUUAUCAGUUCGACACUGUGGUGCUGCUGAACCUGAUUCUGUUCAAGGCCGCCGACUCCUCCAGGGAUAUCUACGAGGUGGCCAUGCAACUGUUACAGAUCCUGGAACCCAAGUUUUUCCGUUAUGCCCAUAAAUUGGAGAUCCUUCGAACGGACGGCAUCUUGACGCCGCCCUCGCCCCUGCCGCACCUCUACUCCGUGUCGUACUACCAGCUCUCCGAGGAGCUGGCCAGGACGUACCCAGAACUCACGCUGCCCAUCUUCGCAGAGGUGAGCCAGCGAAUCCAAACGGCGCACCCCGGCGGUCGCCAGGUGAUGUUGCACUACCUACUGCCCUGGAUGAACAACGUGGAGCUGGUGGACUUCAAGCCCGUCGCACGGCGCCCGGAGGACGCCGGCAGCAGCGAGGAGGACGAAGAAGUGCCAGAGGGCGACGUUAUGAUGGUCAACAGCCGGCGCUGGCUGCACGGGGAGGGAUGGGGCUCGCCACGGGCCACCACCAUGGUGCUCAACAACCUCAUGUUCAUGACGGCCAAGUACGGGGACGAGUUUGCCUGGUCGGAGAUCGAGAACGUGUGGACCACCUUAGCUGACAGCUGGCCGAAGAACCUCAAAAUAAUCCUGCACUUCCUCAUCAGCAUGUCCGGAGUCAGCAGCGAGCCCAGCCUCCUGCCUUAUGUGAAGCGAGUGGUGGUGUACCUGGGCCGAGACAAGACCAUGCAGCUGCUGGAGGAGUUGAUGAGCGAGCUGGAGUUGACAGACGCCGUCAGCUCGGCCGUCGCCCACAUGGACAACCCGCCCUUCUACCGCAUCAGCUCCAGCUACAAGAUCCCUUCGGUCGCCUCGGGUACCACGUCCAGCAGCAACACCAUGGUGCCCGGACAUGACGCUCAUCACGACGGCAAGGGCAAAGAUUCCAACAUGGAGGACAGCAGUUACACACACCUCGACAUCUACGGCGGUCUGAACACCAACCUGAACCGCCAGCACCACCGCCUGGAGUCCCGUUACAGUAGCAGCUCGGGAGGUUCCUACGAAGAAGAGAAAAGCGACUCCAUGCCGCUUUAUGCUAACUGGCGCUUGAAAGUGAUGGAUCACAACCGCCCGGAGCCUUUGCCCUUCCCCCCGACGGGCGGCUGCUGGUCCCCGCUGGUGGAUUACCUGCCGGAGACCAACACCCCCGCUGUAGCACUGCACAGAUGUAACAUCGCCGUCAUCCUUCUAACCGACCUCAUAGUGGACCACGGCGUCAAAGUGGAGUGGAAUGCCUAUUUGCAUCUCUUGCUGCAUGCCGUUUUUAUAGGGUUCGACCAUCAGCACCCGGAGGUGUACGAGCACUGCAAGCGCCUCCUGCUGCACUUGCUCAUCGUGCAGGGAGCCAACAGCAGCGUUCAAGGCAUGGCCAUGGUGCUGCUUCGCAACAGGGAGUUCAACGACCCCAGGGUGCUCACCGUCAAGCCCCCGCCGCCCGAGUUCCACUUCACAGGCGUCCAAGAGUUGCUGCCCGACUGUCAGCCGUCUCCGGUGACGGACUCGGGCCUCAGUUCCAGCUCCACGUCGUCCAGCAUCAGCCUGGGUGCCGGCGGCUCGUCCCUGUCCCACCUGUCGCACCUGUCCCACACGUCACCGUCCAUCCUCAGCGAGGUGGACGCCACGGCCGAGAAGGACGAGAAGGUCAAAGCGCUCAUCGAGUUCAUCACCUCCAGGAAGCGCGGGCCAUUCUGGAACCACGAGGACGUGUCGCCCAAAAACCCCAACAUCAAGAGCGCCGAGCAGCUGAGCGUGUUUGUCCGACAUGUCAUGAAUGUAUUCAAACUUUCCCAACCAGGUUUUCAGCUCGACUCUCUGCUGAGCGACGUAGCCCUGCAGACGGCUCUGUCGUGCUCCUCCCGCCACUACGCCGGACGCUCCUUCCAGAUAUUCCGGGCGCUCAAGCAGCCGCUCACUCCCGCCGCCUUGUCCGACAUCCUCUCCAGACUGGUUGAGACUGUGGGGGACCCUGGAGAGGAGGCUCAGGGUUUUGUCAUCGAACUUCUUCUCACACUGGAAUCUGGCAUCGACACACUGGCGGACACGGUCAAAAACUACGACCUCCUCACCGCCCUAGUGCAAACCUCCACUAGUGAUCAUCUGCUGGGGCCCAAAUUUGCGGCCAACAGGAAGAGCACGGGCCAGCUGAACCUGAGCAACGGCGGGCUGUUCCACUGCGUCCAUAAUCGUAGCAACUCCCUGCGGACCAGCCUGAUGGGCGAGCGCAGGGCGGACCGGCGGCGCAGUAACACCCUGGACGUGGCCGACCGCCUCGGGGGCAGCCACGGCAACCUGGCGCGCACCCGCAGCUUAUCGGCGCUGGGCGGCGGGGGCCCGGGUGGCAACGGCGGCCCGGGCCGUGACGCCGAACCCCCGGUGGACCCCACCAACCUCAUGGCCACGGUGUUCUGGAUCGCCGCCUCGCUGCUGGAGUCGGACUACGAGUUCGAGUACCUGCUGGCGCUGCGGCUGCUCAACAAGCUGCUGGGCCAGUUGCCUCUGGAGCGGGAGGACAACAGGGAGCAUCUGGAGAGGAUCCAGGCCAAGCUCAAGUGGUACAGCUUCCCGGGGCUGCUGCAGCUCUUCCUCAAGGGCUUCACCUCCACCGCCACGCAGGAGCUCACCAUCCAGCUGCUCAGCAAGCUCAUCAGCGUCUCCAGGCACGCGCUGGUCGACCCCUCGCAACUGGCAGGUUUCCCGCUGAACAUCCUGUGCCUGCUGCCGCACCUCAUCCAGCACUUUGACAGCCCCACGGCCUUCUGCAAGGAGACGGCGGACAAGAUCGCCAAGCUGUGCGCCGACGACAAGUCGGCCACGCUCUGCAACCUGGCCCACAUGAUGAGCCUGUACAGCACGCACAGCUACUCGCGCGACUGCGCCAACUGGAUCAACGUGGUGUGCCGCUACGUGAACGACGCCUUCGCCGACAUCACCCUCAAUUUGGUCACCUACUUGGCCGAGUUGCUGGAGAAGGGCCUUCCCGCCAUGCAGCAGUCCUUGCUGCAGAUCAUCUACAGCCUGCUGAGUCACAUCGACCUCUCGGCUGCCCCGGUUAAGCAGUUCAACCUGGAGAUAAUGAAGAUCAUCGGCAAAUAUGUCCAGAGCGCUCACUGGAAGGAGGCGCAGAAUAUUCUGAAGCUGGUGGUGUCCCGCUCGGCCAGCCUGGUGGUGCCCGACGACGUGCAACGCUCGUACAGCAGCGAGUCGUGCGGCUCGCCGGAAAUCGCUUUCACGCGCAUCUUCAACAACUCCUCCAAGGAGCUGCCCGGGAAGACGCUGGACUUCCACUUUGACAUCUCAGAGACGCCCAUCAUCGGACAUAAGUAUGGCGAUCAACGCACGGCGGCCGGACGUAACGGGAAACUUCAGAUGAACGCCGUCACAAGGAGUACGUCCUCCACAUCCUCCGGAUCCAAUUCCAACGGUCUGGUGCCGGUUAGCUGGAAGAGGCCGCAACUGUCUCAGAGAAGAACCAGAGAAAGACUUAUGAACGUUCUGUGUCUGUGCGGUCCAGAGUCUGGCAUUCCCAAAAAUCCAUCAGUGGUCUUCUCAUCCAGCGAGGACCUGGACUCGGUGGACCAGCAGACCAGUCUGAUCCCGACCGUGGAGGAGGCGGUACGAGAGGAGGAAUCACAGGCAGAGGAGAUGGGCAGUGAGCAGCAGUUUGGCGUCUUUAAGGACUUUGACUUCUUAGAUAUCGAGCUGGAGGACGCCGAGGAGUUGCAGGGGGAGAGCGUGGACAACUUCAACUGGGGUGUCCGGCGGCGCUCCCUCGAGAGCAUGGACAAGGGGGACACGCCGUCUCUGCAGGAGUGCCAGUACGCCGGCAGCACGCCCAGCCUCAACCUCACCAACCACGAGGACACGGACGAGUCGUCCGAGGAGGAGGUACUGAGCGCUAGCCAGAUUCUCAACCGCUCUGGCCGCCUCAACAGCGACUCGGCCACGGACGACACAACGUCCAACCACGUGGACUCCCUGCAGCAGUCCCAGGAGUCGUCGGGCGGCGCCCCGGUGGACGAGGCCUCGGCCCUGGCGCUCCUCCGCCGUGCGGCCCCCUUCCCACGUCCGGAUAGCCCCCCUUUGGAGACGGCCCGCUCAGACAGCACCAGCAGCCAGCUGCCUGAGGACGGCGUCGGCGUGACCACGGUGGCCGACGAGCUGAGCAGCAGCAUCAGCGAGGACACGGGCUUUGGCAGCGCCCCCCCUCUGCCCCCCGAUCGCCCGGACCUGUGCGAGCUCCCGGACGCUCACGAUCCCCCGGACCCCCGCGGGUCACCGGAGCCUCAAGAGGACCUGGACCCGGCCCCCCCUCCGCCGCUGGCCAUAGACACUCCGCCGGGGUCUCUCUGUGAGGAGGAACCCCAAACGGUCCUACCCCUGUACCGUCCGGCGGAAGCGGUGACCAAGCCGGACCUCGACCCGGACCUCGACCCAGACCCGGAUCCGGACAGCACCUGUGGCUCCGUAUGGGAGGAGGAUGUCACUCAGGCCUUGAAGGAGCUGGACGAGCGCUGCGAGGAGGAAGAGGCCGACUUCUCCGGCAUGUCCAGUCAAGAUGAAGGUGAGGCAGACUGCUUCCCCGAAACCCAGGCCUCGCCGCCCCCGUCGCCCUUCCUGUCGGCCAUCCUGGCGGCGUUCCAGCCCGUCGCUUACGACGACAAGGAGGACGCCUGGCGUUGCCACGUCAACCAAAUGCUGUCAGACGUCGACGGAUCUUCCGCCGUCUACACCUUCCACGUCUUUUCGCAGCUCUUUCAGAGCAUUCAGAGGAAAUUCGGUGCCAUCACGCACGCGUCGGUCCACUUCCUUGGCGAGAAGCUCCAGCGCAUGGGCAAUCAGUUCCUCAGCUCCUUGGAGGUCAUGACGUCGCACUCGCGGUGCCCUACCGUGCUGCUGGAUGCUGAGACGCUGGUGUCGUGCGGGCUGCUGGAGACGCUCAAAUUUAGCGUGCUGGAGCUGCAGGAGCAUCUGGACACAUACAACGCCAAGAGGGAGGCGGCGGAGCUCUGGCUGGAGAACUGCAGGAAAACCUUCGGGGACAAACAGAUCUGCCAGCGGCUCAACACCCAAGCACAGCACAUGCAGAGUCUGGCAGAGCUGGAAUUGUGCCGCCGCCUCUACAAGCUGCACUUUCAACUGCUGCUGCUCUUCCAGGCCUACUGCAAGCUCAUCAACAGAGUGGAUACCAUCAAGAGGGAGGCCGAGGUGACCAACAUGUCGGACGAGCUCAGCGCCCUGGAGAGCUGCCUGAAGGCGGCCGAGAGGGGAAAUGACAGCCAAGAGGACGUGUGCAUGCCGGACACCGCCCACGCCAACACCGAGUCGGCCAUCCAGUCGCUGGUCGAGACGCUGAGAGCGCGGGAUUUCUGCUCAGCCCUCACCCAAGUCAAAGUCUUCAGGUCUCUGUGGCCCAACGACAUCUUCGGCAGCGAGGGCGAGGACCCCGUGCAGACGCUGCUGCACAUCUACUUCCGCCACCAGACGCUGGGCCAGACGGGCUGCCUGGCCGUGGUGGGCCCCAGCCGGGACCUCUCCCAGGCCAGCGGACGCCUCAUGGAGCUCAACCUGCAGAUCCGAGAGGCGCUGAGUCGGGCGCAGGCUCCCGGCGAAGGAACGCCGUGAGCGGCGGGAGGCUCGGCGCACAAAAGGGCUAGCUACUUAAAGGAUGCGCGGGGAUAAGAGACUUCUUCAUGUCGGAGGGUCGCUUGAAGCUAAGACAUUCCUCGGCAAAGGUUUGGGAAACUGGGUUUCGGGGUGAAAUUUCAGGGCCCGAUACAUUUUCCGGAAAGUCUACUUCUGUGCCUUACUGUAAGUCUUCCAGUACCUCUGAUAACACUAUUAGCUCAGUGGCCACUGAGCCUUGAGUAGCACAGUAACAUCGGCAAACAUAGUGCAAGAGUCACAGAAAGGCAGAAGUGAAAUCCUUGGAAAAUCUCAUGGCGCUAACACUUGGGAAAAAAACGUUGUGCACAAGUAGGGAAACAUCGACAAACAGUUGAAUCAAGUUUACCUGGAAAGGUUCGACAGCAUUUUUUUUUUUUUUUUUAGAUUCCCAAAACGUCACCCCAAAGCCCAAAAUUCCAACCUUUUUUUGAGUAGCGCAUCUUCCCCACCAAAACCUCAUGCAAGAUUCCGUUUGCAAUAAGACACGCCAGCGUGCCUGGCAAAGCAGUGGGAUGAUAGAUUUUGGUUUUAUUUUGUGCUUUUUUUUUUUUUUUUUGUCCUACCCUGCACGCCAAUCGACGCGUUCAUAAGCAAAAAAGGAAAAAAAAAAAAGCAUGCUUGGAAAAGAUGAAAAGCAGAGUAUUUUUUUGGGGAGAAAUGUAUUUUUUAUGAUUCAGAGCUGAACCUCCUCGGUUGUAAAUGUUGGGCUAUUUAACGCGCGAGCGCCUGUGGGGAAAUCCUCAGGGAAGUCAGUUGUAAAAAGAGAAACGUAUAUAGAGAUCUAAAUAUAUCUGACCCCACCCCCCCCUCCUCUCAAGGCGUCCUUAACGGCUAUUAAUCACCCGUCUAACCAAAUAAGCAGCUGCCUUUAGAGGUUGUGAUGCAUAGAUAUACACGCGCACACGACUCGUAACUUAUUUUACUCUGUAUAUAUUUUAGAACAUGUCAAAGCAGUUUUUUUUUUUUUGGUCCUCCUUCCUUGUACUCUAAUGCACUGCAGAGGACGCCAUGCUCAUGUGAUGAGUCAUUCAUAACCCAACUUUGUUUUUUUUAAUUCCACGCUGGGAUGAACUGCCUUUUUUUUGUGAUGUCACAGCUGAGAGAAGGAAAAGAGGUGUGGGCUGGACUGUAGCAUCCAUAUCCCACCACACAUUUCUUCAACCUCGGAAUCCAAAGAUGGAGAUGUUUCCCAUUUGUCCACCAAGCAAGUAGAACAUUUCUCCCCUGUCGGUCACUGCUUGUCUGGUACAUUCUAAAUGCUGUUUAUUAUUUAAAGAAUUUUUUUUUUUCUUCACCUGGGAGAGCUUUGAUUUUAGAGGCACAUUUUUUGGGGGGUUUUGUUCACUCACAUUACCAGCCUUCUCUCUGGAUGAAUAAAGAUCUAAUCAUACAUUCA